UUGUUUUUGUUGGCACAUCGCUUUGGUUGUCUGUUGUGUGACGGCGGGUGAUUAAAACAACGACAACACCACCGACAGCGACAAAAGCAACAUAUACGGCAGUCGAUCUUGCCUGCAUUACGCUGUUACGCUAGCCUGUUGCUGGCAGUCAGUCGCUCUCGCAUUUCGUGUAAACUCAGUUGGGUUGUGAUCGCGGUGUGCUCCUGCCGCGUUUAAUAACAACUCAUAGUGUUUUGAUUACGAAUUCUUGUGCUGUUCAUAUUCUAUUUCAUCUACUUAGAUACAUAAAUAUUUAUAUGCAUUUCAAAGAGAGGAAAUAAAAAUUAAACCAAAGACAAAAAAAAAAACAAAAAAAAACACAUGUAUAUAAAAUAUUAUAUGCCUUUAUUGAUGCGCCAUUGUCACUUGAACGUCGAGGCGCGCACUUCAGCUGCCCAAAAACAGUAAAGGCAAUAACAUUUGUGCGCGGUGUCGUCAUCAUAGUCAAACAGAUAAACGAAAAAUAAACAUUUAAUUCGUGCCAGUAAGAUAAACACGUACAAUAACAACAAUAACAGCAGCAACGCCAACAAAAGUCAAAUCAAAUAUUACAGGAAUGUGGCGCAGCACUCAUGUCAACGUUGAUGUUACAAAUAAUGCUGGUGGGAGUGGCGGUGCUAAUUCUGGUGCUGGGGCAGGCGGCAUACAACGCAGUGCAUCAACACAUUUUUCAAAUCAUCACCACCAACACCAACUACAACAACAACAAAAACAACAUGCACAUCAGUCCCAUUACAUGGAUGGCGCAACACCUGUCGGUGGUGCGACCUCAAAGCAAAUGUCCCAAUUGCAGCGCGAUCGUUUCAGUUCCCCCCAAACUAUACUGCAAGAUGCCAUUGCCGAAUCGAAGAUAAGUUUACAUGUGAAUUAUCGUCAUAGUGGCGUCAACAGCAGCAACAGUAACAACAGUGGUAGUAGUAGUAAUAGCAAUAAUAGCAACAACAACAAAUCGGAUCAUCAAAGCGGUGCCAUAUCCGUGCAGCCACGUCCGCGUCCCGUCUCCAUGUACGAACAAUAUCGUCCACGUCCACAUAGCGCCGUUUUGGAUUCUCCACCACCGCCACUAACGCCGACUACAGCUGCCGCAAUUGCGCUCGGACGUAGUGAGAGUUUCUAUUUUGGUGAGAGCGCACAAAAUGCGGCCGCAUUGCGGCAACAUCAACAUCAGCAUCAGCAACGUCAAUUCCAACACAAGACACAUCAGCAACACUAUACAAAGCAUGCGCACGCGGCAGCGGCGGCGGCGGCGGCGGUGGCAGCUAGUGGAAAAUCGCCAGCGCGGCGCGCAAAUCUGCGGCAAAGCCCCAGCGAACUGAAAGUCGAUCCCGAGCUAAUUUUCACGAAGCAAGAAAGGAUCGGGAAAGGUUCCUUCGGCGAGGUAUUCAAAGGCAUCGACAAUCGAUCGCAACAGGUCGUGGCUAUCAAAAUAAUUGAUUUGGAAGAGGCGGAAGAUGAGAUCGAAGAUAUACAACAGGAAAUUAUGGUACUGUCACAAUGUGACUCGCCGUUUGUUACGAAAUACUAUGGAUCGUAUCUAAAGGGUACAAAACUAUGGAUUAUAAUGGAGUAUUUGGGCGGCGGUUCGGCGCUGGACCUAAUGAAAGCUGGUUCUUUCGAGGAGAUGCAUAUAGCAAUUAUAUUACGCGAAGUGCUAAAGGGUCUGGACUAUCUGCAUUCGGAACGCAAAUUGCAUCGAGACAUCAAAGCGGCCAAUGUAUUGUUAAGCGAGAUGGGUGAUGUCAAGUUGGCUGAUUUCGGUGUGGCCGGUCAGUUGACGAACACCACGUCGAAGCGUAAUACAUUCGUAGGUACGCCGUUUUGGAUGGCACCCGAAGUGAUAAAGCAGUCCAUGUACGAUUCCAAAGCGGACAUUUGGUCACUGGGCAUAACAGCAAUUGAGUUGGCCAAGGGUGAACCACCCAAUUCGGAGCUGCAUCCCAUGAGAGUUUUGUUUUUGAUACCGAAAAAUAAUCCUCCACAAUUAACAGGAAAUUAUACAAAGUCUUUUAAGGAUUUUGUGGAAGCGUGCCUUAAUAAGGAUCCUGAAAAUAGACCGACAGCCAAGGAACUAUUGAAAUAUCCUUUUAUCAAGAAAGCCAAGAAAAACUCGUACCUUAUCGACCUAAUUGACCGUUACAAGAAGUGGAAACUCCAGAAGGGCGACGAAAGUGAAACGGAAUCGGAGAAUUCAGAUUCUGACGAAUCGAAGCCCGGCGGCAAUAAUGACGAACCUUGGAUCAUGACAGUUAAAGGUCUUAGUAUCAAUAAUACACCACGCGCUGAAUCGAUUGCCAACAGCAGCUUUAAGGAUAUGGAACACAUGAAAAUGCCACAGAAAUUAUCACAAAGCAGUGGAGCAACGCCGAUCGCAAUUAAUGCAGCCAACAAACACUAUUCGGGCAGCAGUGCAACGACGGUAGCGUCGUCACCCUCAUCCACAUCGCAGCAGCAGCAGCAUCAGCAUCAGCAGCAACUGCACGAUAACAUGGCGGGCAGCCCGCCUGGUAUGCCAUCUACUCAAUCAGCUACAUCAUCUUCGUCCGCAGCUUCGCCACGUGAUACUAACUUAAAUCAUUACAAACACACAGCGGCAUCGGCUGGCAUCAUACGUUCGACCAGCUCCAAUAUAGCGCAUCAAUCGCUCAGCCCAACACAGAAGCAAUCAUCUGGCAGCCAAGAGUUACUGUCGUCAUCGAGUGGCAGUAACUCACCAAAUGCUGUUGAUGGCAUGAAGAAGAUCAGCAAUAGCAGCAGCAGCAAUGCGGUCUUCCAAGAAUCAUCGUCGAAAUCGAACCUAAGGCAAAGCCGUUCCGCCUCACUAGACGAUGAACACGAUCAGCGACGAUCAUCGCUCAUUGAGCAUGCCAAAAGUGAAGAUCAACUGCGCGAAGAAGAUGCGCGUGCGCAAAGGCGUAGCAUGCAUGCAUCCGGGGCGUCAUCUAAUUCGACACCGAUGCUUAGUUCGGGCUCGAGCAGCGGCAAUUACAAUGGCAAUGCUGCGUUGCUAAACAGCGCGCAUGGCGAUCGCUCAUCAUAUGGCGCUGCAUUGGAGUUAUCCGCAGGGUCAGCCUCUGCCUCUGCCACGGCGGUGGCGUCCAAUAAUUCCAAUCAUAAAAUGGGUGGCGGAAAUCGUGCGAUGCAGACGAACAGCGCAUGCCUAAAUAAUUUCCUCUUUCCUGUUCUUACAGACGUAAGUGCGAAGCAGAUUCAAAGAAAGUAUGCCAAUUCGAGCAAAAACUCAAACGUGACAGAUAUUGGUGAUUUGAAGUCCGUACUUGAAUUGGCUGAACGUAGCAGUCCAGGUGUCAGUGAUUUGUUCCUCAAAGAGAUAAUUCACAAAUUAGUUCCAGGCUAUUCAGAGACGCGUAUCAACAAUAUUAUGGACAGGGCUAUGAGAAAUAAGAAGUAAACGAACACAUUGGUACAUGGACUGAUUUUAAAUAAAACAACAAAAAAUAUCUAACAGUUAUGAUAUUUAAAUAUUAAAAAUAUACCAGAUUGGAGAUUGGACCAUGUGCAUAUAGCAAAUAUUUAAGAUAUUGCGACAAGUGCGCAAUCACCCGAUAUCUCUAAACAAAAAAGCAACUCCACACCUAAAUAAAUUUAAAUAUAUUUAAAAGAAACUUAACAAAAAAACCAACAGUGUACCCGCAAUAUUGUUUGUUAUGAUAGUGUAAUAUUUAUUGGAUUCCAAAUAAAUCGUUGUCACGCUGAAUGUGCCGCGAAGAUUAA